AUGUCCUAUGAUGAUACUGAUCAUUUUCCUCAACAACAUCGAUGGCUAACAGGUAAAUUCCAAUCUCAAACCAAAGGGAAGCUUAAGUGGAUGAAAAGAAGGGAUGAAUUGUUUGAGAAACGUUCGUCAUUCAUUCCGAUAGAAUUUUGCCAUGAUAAGGAAUUGGUUUUGCACAUGUUUAAAACAAUAGAAAUAGAUGCACAUGUAUUUGAUUGCAUUCAAGCUGAUGUGAUAGACAAUGAUUUGCUUGUUAGAAUUAUGAAUAGAUUGAAUGAUAGUUCAGUUAGAUCUGAAGCAAUAGAUAAUUUUAUAGAACUUUUCAAAAGGUAUAAUAUUACCUUAGACGGAAAUUCAAAGGAAGGAAAGGAAUUUGUUUCAGCCUAUGAGAUGGAAAAUGGCAAGUAUGAAACAGCCUUAAAACUAUUCAUAGCAAGUGGGAACGUCUCUAAUAUAUUAAGACAAGAUGUUGAUUUCAUUUACGACGUAUUUAAACAUUUUAAUGGAGAUGAAAGAAUGUUACAUAUUGUACUUUAUUUUUGUAUGGCAGAUAAGGAUGCUUUGCUUAGGUUCGCAGAGAUUAAUCCACAUGUGGUGGCUUGUGCAUCACAAGAAUUUCAACAAGAUGAGAACUUUCUUAGAGAACUCAUUGAUACGAACACUGACUAUCUGAAACAUUUAAUAUUUGCUACCGAACACGACAAGAAUAGUGCAAAAGCAAAGAAAUGCAGGGAAAUAUUAUCAAAUGAUUCGUUGAGAAGAAAGAUGGAGAAUGACGAGAAGUUUAUACUACAUUAUUGUGCUGUCGAUCCUGAACUUUUCAGGUUGAUCUCUCCAAAAUUACUAGUUGACAAGAAAUUCUUAUUCAACAUAUUGGAAAAGAUAGAGAAAUGCCCUUUUGCAUUGUCUACAGUUUUGAAUCAUAUUCCAGAAGUCAUGAAAAGCGAUUUUGAUAUUAUGUUAAAGGCAGUUAAGAUAGAUCCUAUCUCUUUUAUGCAUGCUUCUGAUCAGCUAAUGCAUGACCAAGAAUUUGUAUUGAAAUGUCUUGGACGGUAUUCUGAUCUAAUAUUUCCAAUGAUUCCUAAUGAAUUCCUUCAAGAUAGAGAAUUCCUUAUGGAGAUGUUGGAAAUAAAUGGAAGCUUACUUGAGUAUGCUCCUUCUGAAUUCCAAGAUGAUGAAGAGAUGGUUCUUCAAGCCUUAAAAUCUGACGGUGGUUCAAUUGAUUUUGUCUCUACACGGCUUAAAAACGAUAGAGAUUUUCUAUUAAAAGCCAAGAAGCAAACAAAUCUAUAUGUGAACCUGCUAUCGAGGGCUAUUGUAAAUGAUGAAUUCUUACUGGAAUCAUUAGAAUCACCAUUUGUGGAUGAUGUUUAUGAAGAAAUAGAAGCACGAGGCUUAAGGGACAAUUAUGACUUUAUGAAAGAAGCCAUAAAAAGAGUGUAUAGUUACACUGAAUUACCAGAUAAUUUUAAAGCGUUGAAGGAAAUGUCAUUAUUGGCAAUAUCAGUUGAUGGUAGAGAAUUAAAGUAUGUUCACCAUAAGGAUGACCUUGAGGUUCAAAAGGCUGCCGUGAACCAAAAUGGAUAUUUCAUUAAGCAAUCACAAGAAUUGUUGGACUAUAGGUUAGAAUGUGCAUAUUUUGGAUGCAAGAUUUGA